AUGUCGAAUAAUCAAAAAAGCGAUAAUGAAGCCAGGCAGAAUGAGAGAAGAGCCUUAUUGAAACCACCAGGUAGUCAUGGUGGUAAAUUUUUGAAUUCGAGAUUCCCACCAAAUAAUCCGACGAAUAAAUCAAAUAACGAAAGCAAUACAUACGCUGACAAAUUCAUCCACCAAUCAGCAAAACAACAACAUAAAGCGACAUGCCGGCAAUCCGGUAAGCCGGGUUCGUCUCCAAUUACCCUUGCUUCGAUGCCGCCAGAAGAGCAAACCUCUCAUGGACCUCUUCCUAGUGGCUACUACCUUUGUUAUGUUGACAAACCAGUGGAUAAUUAUCAGAAAAUUCAGCUGAAGCCAACUCCAAAGGUUUUGUUUCCUGCUCCCAUACCUUUGGAAACAUCGCCACCAGUUAACUUAAGAAAUGGCACAUCCCUAAGUGAAAAACUUCUAGCAUUUCUUGAGGCAUCAGACCCUUCGAUGACAUCAACUGCGGCCAACGACACUUCGAUGACGUCAAUUGCGAAAAGUUUUUUGGUAAAAUCAGCUGAUAAUGAUUAUGGUGCCAAUGACAAAAUGACAUCAACAUCACGAGAAGGAAAGUUAAGAAAAACUUUUGGCUUCCACAGCAGUCUUUACAGAAAAUUAAUGCUUUCAGAAUAUUCCGAAUUGAAUAGGACUGAUCCAGAUUUAAUACAGACUCUUCUCGAAGCUGGAGACUGUGAAGAUUCACAAAUUUAUGACGACAUGCUUCGGUACACAGCUGUGUUAGCAUUUUUAAUCAUCGUGUGUCACACAGCAAAGCGUAAAAACCCCCCUGUCUGCGUGAUCUGUGAGAAGAAGUUUAAAAAAUCCAAAAGAUCGAGCGUCACUAGGCUGUCCUGCAAGCAUCGUUUCCACCUCAGAUGCGCCCAACUGGCUGUCGAAAGUACUGGAACACUAUGCUGCUACAUCUGCGACGAUUAUUUAUUCUCCAAAUCCGUGUUGCCGCCAAUAGUCGCAAUCAAAAGGAUGGCUCAAUUAAGGAACAAAGUAAAUGGAUUUAAGUGCCUAGAAUGUGGAUUCAUGGACAAAGUAAGUGAAGGAAGUACCUUGAUGGAUGUGGUGAACGAGUACAACGAGGCCUGUAACAACUACAAGCGCUCGAUUGAUGCUGUGAGGGAUAGGAUAAAAGUGUCAGGGCGCUUUUCAAACAAAUGCAACCGCGAUGAACUUCGAAAACUCGUCCAAGGAAGGCAGAAGAGUAUUCGCGAUUUAAUUCCAAAACUUCUGGCCCAUAUGAGAGUCCCACUUUAUGUCGUAGGCAAGGAAUUGUGUGUGUCCAAACCUGGAGAACCCAAUUGUAUAGACAACUUCUGUAAACUUUGCCACGAAUCUUACGAUGAUAGAGAUGUCAUUGUGAGAUUUUUCUGCAAACAUCAUUUGCACCUCCAGUGCGCUAUUGACGAUAUGGACAUGUAUCACCAUUGUAAAGUCUGUCGUAACGACAUCUUUGAUCCUAAUCCAAAGGAAGGUGGCAGUCCUGUAACUGAAGAUAACCAACAUUAUUAUUAUGACUACGAUGAAGAGGACGCCAAGUUCUAUAGAGCUAGAGACAAAGAUGAUGGCGAAGAUGACGACGACGACUAUUUUAGUAGUGAGGAUGAUGAACAUGAUGAAAUAGAUCAGAAUGUACAUCGGGGUAAAGUUUAUAGCGCUGAUGCCACGGUAUCUUCGACCAGUCGCGGUUUUUGGAGAAAUGAUUAUGACGGUAAUGAUAAGAAAGGCGGAAAAGGUGAUACAAAAAAUGGUGGUGACUAUAAUGAUAAGAAGGUUGAUGGGGGGAAAUGUGAUGAUAUGACUACGUUACGUCUUACUAAGAAUGGUGAUGGUGGUAUUAAUAAUAAAGAUGAUGAUACAAAAGAUGAUGAAACAAAACAUGAAACUAUAAAUGAUAGUAACAAUAAUGAUAAAAAAGUUGAUGAAAAGGAUGAUGAUAAAAAAGAUGAUGUUACAAAAGAUGGUGAUAUAAAUGAUGAUGAUGAUACAAAAAAUGAUAGUGACGAUAAUGAUAAAAGAGUUGAUGAAAAUGAUGAUACAAAAGAUGAUGUUAUAAAUGAUGAUGAUACAAAAGAUGAUGAAACUAAGGAUGAAAGAAAAAAUUAUAGUGACGAUAAUGAUAAAAAAGUUGAUGAAAACGAUAAUGAUAAAAGUUUUGAUGAAAAAGAUGAUGAUACAGAAGAUGAUGCUGAUACAAAAGAUGAUGCCGAUACAAAAGAUGAUGCUGAUACAAAAGAUGACUCCGUUAAAUAUCCUUCGUAUAAGAGUAUGGAGGCAUUCAGUGGUUAUGUCUCUGUUGACUUCGUUGAAAAUGACGACAUUCCACGCAUGAGUUUGAUAGAUCUGCCAUGUCAAAGUGACGAUGAAAAUGAUAAUAAUAAUAGUAAUAAUAAUAACAGUAAUAAUAAUAGUAAUAAUAAUGAUAAUAACGAUGCAACGAUUGGUAAUAGUGAAAAUUCUAAAAAUGCCGGUUCUCAUUGUUUUGUAAUGUAA